AUGUUACAUGGAGGUGUCGAUAUAGUCAUAGUCUCUCUCAGGAGAAAAUAUUGGAUGCUACGAGGCCGUGAAGUAGUGCGCGCAGAACUCAGUCAUUGUUUUACUUGUAAGCGAUACAAGUCAAGAACUCAAACUCAAUUAAUGGACGAUCUUCCCGACUGCAAAGUCACUCCUAGUCCUCCGUUUCAGAAGACAGGAGUUGAUUAUGCUGGACCCCUUUCAGUUCAACGAUCAAAAUGUCGUAGAAAGGGCACACUCAAAGGCUAUAUCGUUGUUUUCGUGUGUAUGGCAACUAAAGCCAUACAUUUAGAGAUUGUGGAAGAUUAUUCAACAGAGUUGAUUAUUGCGGCUUUCCAGCGUUUCGUUUCACGUAGAGGUUACUGUAAUGACUUAUACAAUGAUCAGGGAACAUGGCAUUUUAAUCCACCGGCUGCUCCCCACUUUAGUGGUAUUUGGGAGUCAGCCGUGAAAUCAACCAAGUUUUAUCUAAAACGAGUUGUGGGUGACCAAAUCUUGACUUUCGUUGAAUUCUCAACUUUUCUCUGUCGCAUUGAGGCUUGCCUUAACUCUCGUCCACUCUGCCCCUUGACAGAUGACCCACUUGACUUGAAUCCAUUAACUCCUGCACAUUUAUUAACCCUGAGGGCUUCUUAUUUUGUCCCAGAACACGAUCUUCUAGCUAAAAGGGUUUCUCCAUUACAAAGAUGGAAAUUAAUAUCGCAGUCUGUUCAGGUUUUUUGGAAAAAGUGGUCCUCGGAGUACCUCAGCACCCUUCAGGCACGAUCCAAGUGGCUUACGCCUCAAAGGUCCAUGCAAGUAGGAGAUUUGGUCCUUAUAAAAAAUGAGUUGACUCCACCUGGUAAGUGGCCUUUAGGUCGAUUAAUAGAGAUUUUUAAAGACCUGAACUCUCUAGUCAGAGUUGUAAGGGUGAGGACCAGCAAUACUGUCUCAGUUAGACCCAUUCACAAAUUAAUUCUGCUGAAAACUAGCUCUGAAUUAAUUGACGCCAAUAACUUAGAAUAG